AGUGAUAUCAGGACCCUGUUGUGCUCUCCCGUUAUCACCGGACGGACCCCCACACUCCACCUUGGUCUCACAAUCAAAUCAUGCGUCUCGACUGCUCCUCCUUCAUAUUUUCCUUGUUUUCUGUGAUUCUUGUUGUGGUGGCUGAUGAGAAUGAUGUACAGGUAAAACCAGCAUUAAGUCAAUGCAAAAGGGUCAACCCAUGCGGAGCCACAAUUUCCACAUAUCCACUCUUGGAGCCGGACGCUGAAGAAGCUUCGGGAUUCGGUAGCGGUGCGGUACCAGUUUAUGAUGAAAUUUUGACGCAUGAAAUCUACGACCUUAACGCCACCCCCGAAAUGCACAACUUCACACUUUGCUCGUGUCCAGACGAUGGUGUCUGCGAUUUUGAGUCGGAUUCAAAUAUGGUCAAGGUCGAUUACCACGUUACACUGCGAUUCUGUAAUUUGGAGACGAUAUCGUCAACAUGUAAACGCUAUGACGUUAAUUUGAGAGUUAUUGGGGCAGCACAGCCGUCUGGAGACAGCGUGCAAGAGGUGUCUAAUGCUAUGAUGUUCUGCAAUUGUCAAAAUGGAUUCUCAAGGCAGCAUGUGGAAGUUUGGUCGGGUCAGGAUAUCUCGCUCAACUACAAAUGUUUAUGAAAUGCCACACAGACACAGUGAAAUCAGUUCUUUUUUUCGUACGGGCCUAUCUGAAACCUACAAUUCUACCGUACCUUAUUCGUAAUAUAAAAUUCUAGGUUACAGAUGCAAGUUUUUUUUUUCAAAAAUUGAACCUCUUUGGAAUCAAUAAAGAAGAGUGUGCGCCUUGAAACCUACAGUAUCUACGUAGAUGGAAAUUUAUUUGUUUUUACGGGAACACAAAAUUCUGAGAAUGCGUAGUACGCACCAUAUUUGACGCGCAAAAUAUCUCGUAGCGAAAACUACUGCAGCGCUGGUGUCGAUUUACGGAAAUCAUUUAUUAAUAGAUAAAAUAUCAAAAGAAAACACAAAAGUGAAUUUCGAAAAUCGAGCCCGUAAAUCGACACAAGCGCUACAGUAGUCAUUACUGUAGUUUUCGCUACGAGAUAUUCUGCGCGUCAAAUAUGUUGUGCAAUACGCAUUCUCAGAAUUUUAAGUUCCCGUUAUAUAAAAAAUGUGAAAUAAUUAGAGAACGUCGAAAAAAAUUGCUGGACUACUAUACUUAAAGGCGCACACAUUUUUUCAUUCAAAAAAAUUUGGUCGCGGCGAGACCAAGUACCGUAUCUGAUGUUGAAGUAAAUAUAGCAAAAAACCAGUGAAUUGAAACCCCCAGCAUCUGUAACCUAGAAUUUGUUAUUAUUUCUCUUCUUUUUUCUAGAAUAUAUCCAAUUUUGUACGGUGACUAAUAAGGUAUUUCUAUCAUUUUCCCCUAUCCCCAAUUAUAGAAAUACUUUCUAAUUAUGGCUUGUUGUCACUAGAUGACUUUAAACAGUUUUUAAAUAUUCUACAAAUUUCAUAAUCAUCGGAUAUUGACAAAGUACAAAUGAAUAAAAAAUUAAAGCAAAAUUAU